GUUCCGCAGGCGGCGGCGUCCAGCGCCGGGCGGCGGCGCCCAGGGACGCCCGGGGCCGUGCUCGGCCGCCGCCUGCUGCCGCGGGUCAUCCUUGCAAGCCUGCCGCCCCCCACUUCUCCCACUCCUAAUCUGGAUGGGAAGUUGGGGAAAAUGGACAGGGUCGUGUUGGGGUGGACCGCUGUCUUCUGCUUAACAGCCAUGGUUGAAGGUCUUCAGGUCACUGUACCUGACAAGAAGAAAGUAGCCAUGCUCUUCCAGCCCACUGUGCUUCGUUGCCACUUCUCCACAUCCUCCCAUCAGCCUGCAGUGGUACAGUGGAAGUUCAAGUCCUACUGCCAGGAUCGCAUGGGGGAAUCCUUGGGCAUGGCCUCUCCCAGGGCUCAAUCUCUCAGCAAGAGGAACCUGGAAUGGGACCCCUACUUGGAUUGUUUGGACAGCAGGAGAACUGUUCGUGUGGUAGCUUCAAAACAGGGCUCGACUGUUACCCUGGGAGAUUUCUACAGGGGCAGAGAGAUCACGAUUGUUCAUGAUGCAGAUCUUCAAAUUGGAAAGCUCAUGUGGGGAGACAGUGGACUCUAUUACUGUAUCAUCACCACCCCAGAUGACCUGGAAGGCAAAAAUGAGGACUCUGUGGAAGUGCUGGUGUUGGGCAGGACAGGGCUGCUUGCUGAUCUCUUGCCCAGUUUUGCUGUGGAGAUUAUGCCAGAGUGGGUGUUUGUCGGCCUGGUACUCCUGGGAGUCUUCCUCUUCUUCGUGCUGGUGGGGAUCUGCUGGUGCCAGUGCUGCCCUCACAGUUGCUGCUGCUACGUCCGCUGCCCAUGCUGCCCGGAUUCCUGCUGCUGCCCCCAGGCCUUGUAUGAAGCAGGGAAAGCAGCCAAGGCCGGGUACCCUCCCUCUGUCUCCGGUGUCCCUGGCCCUUACUCCAUUCCCUCUGUCCCUUUGGGAGGAGCCCCCUCUUCUGGCAUGCUGAUGGACAAGCCGCAUCCACCUCCCUUGGCACCAAGUGACUCCACUGGAGGAAGCCACAGUGUUCGCAAAGGUUACCGGAUCCAAGCUGACAAAGAGAGAGACUCGAUGAAGGUCCUGUACUAUGUCGAGAAGGAGCUGGCUCAGUUUGAUCCAGCCAGAAGGAUGAGAGGCAGAUAUAACAACACCAUCUCGGAACUCAGCUCCUUGCAUGAGGACGACAGCAACUUCCGCCAGUCUUACUACCAGAUGCGCAGCAAGCAGUUCCCAGUGUCUGGGGACUUGGAGAGCAAUCCUGACUACUGGUCAGGUGUCAUGGGAGGCAGCAGUGGGGCAAACAGGGGGCCAGCCCUGGAGUAUAACAAAGAGGACCAGGAGAGCUUCAGGCACAGCCAGCAGCGCUCCAAAUCCGAGAUGCUGUCGCGGAAGAACUUCGCCACAAGCGUGCCGGCCGUCUCCAUGGAUGAGCUGGCGGCCUUCGCUGACUCGUACGGCCAGCGGGCCCGGCGAGCCAACGGCAACAGCCAUGAGGCCCGGGUGGGGGCCCGCUUCGAGCGCUCGGAGUCGCGGGCGCACGGCUUCUACCAGGACGGCUCACUGGACGAGUACUACGGGCAGCGCAGUCGUGAGCCGCUACCCGACAGUGACCGCGGCUGGGCCUACAGCCCCGCACGCCGCAGGCCGGCCGAGGACACGCACCUGCCGCGCCUGGUGAGUCGGACCCCGGGCACGGCACCCAAGUACGACCACUCAUACCUGAGCAGCGUGCUGGAGCGUCAGCCCCGGCCCGAGGGCGCCAGCCGAGGCGGCAGUCUGGAGACGCCAGCCAAGCGCAGUGCGCAGCUCGGCCCGCGCAGCGCCUCCUACUACGCCUGGUCGCCACCGGACACCUACAAGGCGGGGACCAGCGAGGGCGAGGAGGAGGCUGACGACGCGGCGGAGGAUGCGCUGCCGCCCUACAGCGAGCUGGAGCUGACCCGGGGUCCAUCCUACCGUGGCCGCGACCUGCCCUUCCACAGCAACUCAGAGAAGAGGAGGAAAAAGGAGCCCACCAAGAAAACCAGUGACUUUCCAACCAGGAUGUCCCUUGUGGUCUGAUAAUUUCAAGAUACCUCUCUGGAUGACUAGAAAUCAGACACAGACCACAGGGACAAGACACAAAUCUGAGAGCCAGAAGUCCCAAGACCUUCUCUGGCCAGCAACCACCUUGAAAGAUUUGCUGAUCUCUGCUUUGGCAAGGGAUAGGAAGCACCCUUUAAGUGAGGCUGAUUCCAAACUCUAGUCCCCAUUUAACUAUCUUGAGAAACUUAUCAAGAAAAACAGUGUUGUCUGAGAACAUCCCACAUGCCAAAUUUCUAAACUGUAGAGUUUUUCUUGCACCCCUCCUCCUUCCUUAGCGGAACCAAGACUCUAUGACCUCUUCUGAAAGAAAAGUAGCUUUGGACCACUGAUCUUCAGAAACAGUGUUUUCCAUACCUGCUGUGCUGUGCUUAGAGACAGAAGAAUCUAUUACUUCUAUUAGAAGACCUUCUGCUGGCAAGGAAAGAUAACUUCAAGACAAGAUGUGCUUUUGAUCCCCAUCACUUCCCAGUCACUAGUCAGUGACUCCUGUUAUACUAAAAUCAGAAGGCCAUUCGUGAGCUCAGUGAUAGUGACUUCCUGGACAGUCACAGAAAUGACUUUAAUUUGCUGCUCUGAACCAUAGUUUGUAAGUGGCUGAGACAAGCAGAGGAUAGCAUUUUGAAAAGCUGAUAAAUGGUCUUUCUUUUUUCCAUCCUGAGGUCAUAAACUGCUUUUCCUCUUUCUGUUGCACAGCAACAUCUGAGCCUUGAACUCUUAAGGGCUCUUCUCCUUCUCUCCUCUCCUGGACUUUCCAUGGGCUGGUGCCACACACAGUGUCCUGCCUCCCUCUGCAGGCUGAUUAGCUAGGCGCCAGGUGCCUUUGAUAGAUGUUUAAAACAUGCACAUGAAAGAGAAGAAGGAGAAAAGGAGGAGAAAGCAGCAAUGCAGGUUGCCAGAGAGAUGGAGUCUGUCUCCCUUGGCCUCACUGUUUCUGUAGAUGCUUUUGAGACAUGAGAGAUCCUACUUUCUCAGCAAGAAGCUCUUCCUUUCUACCCUUGCCUAGAAUGAUGGGUUUUGCCUACAUCCCAAAGCUAGAACCAGAUUUUGUAAUGUGCAUAAAUUGAAAAAGUGUUCACACACUCUUCCCUCCUCAUUAAGAGCUACAUGCUUAUAUUUCUACUCCUUGAAUUUAGAGUUUACCAUGUGAUUUGAUGUGACAAAUGAGCCAACAGCAAAUGUGACAUAAGCAGAGACUUGAAAAGUUCCUGUACAUGAAGUUUUUCUUCUCUUGCUGUUCACGGGUCCUUUGCAACCACCACCAGGUGAAUGUGCCCAGACGAACCUGCUACGUGAUGAGAGAAAAGAGCCUGUUCACCCCUGUCACUGUAUGUGACAGUCCUAUCAGCUCUCAGCAAACACAAGAACAUCCAGUCAAUACCAACAGAACUGCCUAGCUGAGCCCAGCCCAAACUGGGGAUUCCUACUUGAGACAUGACAAGUUUGGUACAUCCUAUGUGUUUAUUUAUCUUCAAGGACAAAACUAUUUCUUGUCAGAGCAUUCAGCCUUGAGUCUCUUAUUCCACACAACUUUAGGUCUCUCACUGCCUCCACUUUCUUUGAUAAACUUCCCAGUCUGCAUUAUUAUGACCGGUCACAUGAUUGGAAAUCACUGGAGAAAGGUGAUGCUUUCUAUCCCCUAAUCCAGCGAGCAGUCUGUUCUGUAUUUAUGAAUCUAUGUAUAGCCUCUGAAGGAGGUUGGUCAGCAUUUUCCUUAGUCUUCUUCAGAGCCACCUAAUUGGAGUUCCCGAGUCCAUUCUGCUAGCAACCAUUGCAUUUCGUGGCAUUUCCAAAAAAGUUCAACAUGUAUGAUGUUGUAAGAAGCCACUGGGUGAGGGUUGGAGGGAUGAGCUGGUAUCAUUGCUUGAAGGAGAACUGGCCUGCCAAAGGACUUCACAGUUGCUUUGCCCUGCCCCAGAUAAACCAGGAGGACACUUCAGCCCAGUGCUGGCACUUCCAAGGGCUGGAAGACACAAGCCAUAACCCUGGUGCUGAGUUUUAGACCUGCUACUGUCCCUGGCCUCAGAAAGCCUAGAUCUGGUCUGUCUGUUUGGGCUCCAAUUCAGUAUGAUUAAAAACAUCAUUUCUUAAUCACCAGCUUUGGAUUUCAACUUGCUCAGGCGAUUCAGAAAAAUAUUGAAAAGCUGCAGUGGCUAUUGUUGCUUUAUACUGAGCACUGUGUCAGGCUUCUUACCACCAAAGAGCCCCAUAGCACCAGCUACAGAGACCAAAUAUAUUGCUUUUUAAAGCCAGGGGCAUGCAUGAUCUUGGUCAAAGCUAAGAGGAGCAAUAGUAGAGUUACUAAAAUUGGAAACAUACAAUUCCAAAGACAACGAGACUAUAGGCCAACAAUUUUUUAAAAUCAACAUAAAGAAGAUAACAGGCUUUUGAAAUUACUAGGGGGAGAAGUGGGGGGGGGGGCAGGUGUCCUCUGUCGGGCUGCAUGAAUCACUCAUACUUCCAGACCUUUAGUAGAGAGAAAAAGCAAUUGUUUCUGGGUAUGUGGAUAGGAGAUAAGACUGGACAGACAAGGCAAAGCUGGCUAUCUCCAGUACCCCUGACUUUUCUCUACGCAUCCCUUUGUUUGGUUGUCCAGUAGUGUAUCCUGCACAGGAAGUGCCUAUACAUGUUAGCUCCCUUCCUGUUUUAACUAGUGUAUAAAAUAAGUCUUGUGUAAAGUGUGGUAUCUGUCCAUUUGGUCCCUACCAGUUAGUAGGGAAAAUAAGAUGUGCCCAAGAAAUAAUGAAGAGAUUUUAUGCAUAUAAUAGGAAAUAGUGCUAUGGAUAAAUUAUAAUAAACCCAGAGAUUUAAAGGUUUUUUUUAGCUUAAAUGGAAAUAUUUUGAUAUUUAAGUGUUGAAUGUUUGUCCACCCAUCCCAUUUCAAGACAUCAGUGAUCUGAAAAGCCAGACUAUAGAGUCUGAACUGAGAAGAGGUAAAGAACAGGGAAGGAGGCCCAGAGGGCUGAUGCAGAGCUUCUGUGUUUGCCUGUGAGUCACAGCUGAGUCAGGGACAGGCUGGAGGAGGGAGUGUGGAAGCAGGUGGAGGGAGGUAUCCCCUGGUGCAUGGAGUGCUUCUCUGGACCAUGUAUAGACUCAUUAGGAGGCUGAGGACAAUUAUCUCUUCCACCCAAGCAAGCUGGAGGGAGCUCAGCAUCUGUUCCCUUAGGAGCUCAGAUCUGCAGCUUGGGUACUGUUACCCACUUUUACUAAUUCAAGUCUCACAGAGGAGAUGGAAUUUCAUCUCCCUUCUCAUGAUCCUCAAUCUAUACUUGGUGUGGGACCAUGCAUACCAGAACGAGAAAGGGUUGAUACCCAAACCCAAGGCAUCAAGCCACACUGGUAUAUAUUUGUUAUAGUCUAUAAACCACACAAAAAUUGAUUUGAUUUUAGAAAGCCUUUGAGAGAGGCCAAAGUAACAGCUAUUGUUAUUUAUCCACACUUCUCCCCUUUUUAAAAAUGGAGAAACCAUUACUUCCAUUAAUAAAGUCAUAAGCCUAUCAGGUCUCUAGACUCCCAAUCUGUAGACCUUUCCUAUUGGAACAAUGUUUUACAAAAUUGCCUGGCUAUAAGAAUUACUUGCUUGGAAAGCUGGGAAUAUGGAUCAGUUGGUAGAAAGCUUGCUUAGCAAGCACAUAGCCCUGGAUUCGAUCAACACCAUAGAAACUAGAGUGGUAGCACAUGCCCAUAAUCCCAGCACUUGAGAGUGGAGGCUGGAGGAUUGGAAGCUCAGGAUCAUCUUAAACUUGGCUACAUGGUGAGUUCAAGACUAGCCUGGGGCUACAAGAGACUGUCUCAAAUGAGCAAGUAACAACAACAAAAAGAAAGGAAAAAAAAGAAUUAUUUGACUGCCACUGUAGAAAGGUAUGGUUAGGCUGUGCCUUGGAGAAUAGAUGGGUGGACCUGGAGCCAAGAUCUGUAUUCUGAUGAUGUAUUUUCAGAGAACCCUGUGGUAGAUGACUUUGGGUAGUGUUACACUGGAUCAUACCUCUGGUCAUAAGGCUUCUUUGAACUGUGGGUUAUUUUCUUCAAAUGUCCAGGUGGAGUUUUUCCCAUUCCCUUGGGGCUGGCACUGGUAAGGCACCCAGCCAUGGGGACUGGCUCACUAGAGUCUUGUCGAGAGAAAACAGAACAGAAACAGAGAAUUAGGAGCCCUCCCCAGGAGCCUGCUUUAGAUGUUCCUACUCCCAGAAUAGUGAUCUGUUGUGACAGGCUCAGAUCAGACAACAAGAAUUACAGGUAAUUUUCUUAUUCCCUGAUGCCAUUCUAAGUAAAACUUAGAUCAUGAAUAGAAAGAAAAGAGCCAUUGGGAAAAAAUGGCAAAUGUAAGUCAUUUUUAAAGCAUACAAAUUAUCAUCCUUGCUCAUCAACAUAAGUUCUACCUUCAGACCUGAAUUGACUGAAGAAAAACAAUAAAAUCUACAAUAUAACUCCUUCCAAAAUCAUACUUAAUUGCUGCCAGAAUCUUACAGGAGUUUGAAAGUGAAGUAUAGAAUAUAGAAAUCCAAAUCCACUAAAAUAGUCCAGGUACCUAAAGUCCUAGAAGCAAAAAUGGACCAAGUUUUCCCUGCCAGGAUCCUACCUCCUAGUCACCUGGGGAAAUGAUCAAAGAAGCUCCAGGUUAGGAGCUUGAAACAUCAAAGCUGAGCAAGGAGAAGCUGAGCUGCUUUAAGCAGCACCCUGAGCAUUAGCACUGCCGGAGGGUGAUAAGGUCAGUUUUUAAUGCUCUGUGUAUUACUUUUUUGAUGCAUUGCUGUUUACAGACCACUUUCAUAUGCAUUAUCUCAUUUGAUCCUCACAUCAAGCCCCAUGAUAGAAGUAGAAUGGGUGUUAUCCCAUCACAAAGAAUGUAGUCCUGAGGUUGAAAAUGCCAAGUGACUCACCUAUUGUCAAAUGGCUUUUAGAGUCUUUAAGUGGCCUUCUGACUGGCUAGGGCUCUUUCCAGUUCCUACAGUAGUCGAAGGUUCAGACUCCAGCUUAUUCGCUCCACAACCAGAGGUGUAGUGAAGAGAGUCCUGGACUCGAUGGUCAUUCAUAUGUCAUCAGUGAGGUAAAGUCAUGGAAAAUAGACAUUUGUGGCUUCAUUCAUCCGUACACGUUUCUUGAAGGCUACCCGAAGAGGGAGGGGACUUUGCUGGAAUUUUUCAUUUUCAGUAUUCCUGCAAUAUGGGGGAAAGGCUUUGACGAAUGUGCUGCAGCUUCCUGGAUUCUUCUUGAAGGGAAUUUCUGAGCCAAACUACAGAUUCAUCUAGACUCAGAAUUCCAGAGUUGUGGGCAGGAGCUGGCAUCUUCACUAUAUUUCAAGAUUUUAGGUACACGCUGAAGGAUCAGCUCGAGAGGGAGACAAGGAAUGUGAGUCAAGGAGAAAGUUGUAGAAGUUAAGCCAAAAGAUUUCGUAGAGUUUCUUGGUGGAGCUGCCUGGCCAUGUGGUAAAUAUGGUCUGACCUUUUUCCUCAAGGUAGGCUGGAAAAAUACCCUUAAGUUUCCUCUUACCUUGGCUUUGAGAAUCACAUUUAUUAACAAAGGUAUUGACACCACUCCACUAGAAAUGUAUACGUAAUAAUAACACAAUAAUGAAAGAAGCAAUGGGACAAAGAGCAGCUGCCUGCUCCAUGGCAGUCACCUGCCCAGUAGUUUUUGUGCCUUGUCUGUGACAUCAAACUGAAAUGUUUGUAUCUCUGUUGCCUAUGUUUUUUUUUUCUAUGUCAGACAUACAAAGUGCAUUUGAUUGUAAUGUUUUAAAGUAAAUAAAGCAUUUUCAUCUA